AUGAAGUACGUAGUAGGCAGCAUCAAGAUUGAACAGGUAGAGAAAGGAAAGAUAAACAAAAUAUACAUACCAAAGACAUCUGAGCUGGAUCCAUCGGAAUUUGUGCUGGUGGAUGGAAAGUAUGCUUUUAAGUUUGAAUUUACGAAUGGAUGUAAUGCUCAACUGAGCAAGAUUCAGAGGGAGUUUCUGAAUAAAAGUGUUGGCAAGGAUGAAAUAAGUGUUAGGCAUCUAAAUGUUGUUGAAUGUGACCCGAUCUCCUUACUCAAAUUAGAUAUGGAGAUCAUUAAUCUGGAAAAGGUUGAUUUCGAUGCAAAGGAGCUUGUUGAAAAAUUCAAGGACAUCUAUGUAUCCUUUCCAUUCAACAUAGACCAAAAGUUUUACCUAUAUGUUGGAGACUUUGGGUUCAAGGUAGUUGUAAGAGAGAUGUUCACUGCCUUGGAUAAGAGAUAUGGGAUUCUUUUGAGAAACACAGAGGUCUUCAUCAACUCUAUCUCAGAGAGGCUAACCUUGUCUAACAACACUAGGGAGAACAUGUUGCUGGAUCCAAACUUCAACUUUGAGUCUCUUGGGAUUGGAGGAUUGAAGCAAGAGUUUGGGAAGAUGUUCAGGAGGGCAUUUGUGCAGAGGGCAUUUGACUCUGAUGUGAUCAGAAAAUUUGGAAUACCUCAUGUGAAAGGAAUGAUUCUUUACGGACCGCCUGGAACCGGAAAGACACUUAUAGCAAGGAAGCUUGGGUCUCUUCUUAAUGCUAGGCCUCCUAAGAUAGUGAACGGGCCUGAGAUUCUUAACAAAUAUGUUGGGCAAAGCGAAGAGAACAUCAGGAAUCUGUUUAAGGAUGCCGAGGAAGAAUGGAAAGUAAAGAAAGAAGACAGCAACCUCCACAUUAUAAUAUUUGAUGAGAUUGAUGCCAUAUGUAGAAGAAGAGGAAACAGUAACGGGACAGGUGUCGGGGACCAAGUUGUAAACCAGCUUCUCAGCAAGAUGGAUGGCGUGGAAUCGAUAGAAAACAUCUUAGUGAUUGGAAUGACCAACAGGCUAGACUUGAUUGAUGAGGCUCUACUUAGGCCCGGAAGAUUUGAGAUUCAUCUGGAAAUCUCUCUCCCUGAUGAGGAGUCUAGGAUUGAGAUAUUUAGGAUACAUACUAAGACAAUGGAAAGCCAUGACUAUCUGGAUAAGAGUGUCGAUCUGAAUAAAGUGGCCAAGCUGUCCAAGAACUAUACAGGAGCGGAAAUAACGGCGGUUGUGAAAAGUGCUGUAUCCUUUGCAUUGGAAAGAAAGGUUCACGGAGAGAGACUUGAUGGGGAGAAGAUGAAUGUUGUUGGAGACAAGAACAUCAAAGUUUAUAUGAACGACUUCAUUCAAGCAUUGGAUGAGGUUAAGCCUUCGUUUGGGAUCAACGAGCUAGAUUUCUAUAGGUUUGAAAAGACCUUUUAUGAGACUCCCAUAUUCACCCAAGGAAUCGAGCAUGGGAAGAAUCUCCUUCAGAAGCUGAGAAAAACAAACCUUUACAGUACAUCUUCUUUACUUUUCUAUGGAAGCCCAGGGGUUGGUAAAACAACACUGGCCGUGAAGGCUGCAAGAUCUUCGAUGUUUCCGUUCAUAAAGAUUAUCUCCCCAAGAGAUAUUAUAGGGCUCAGUGAGUAUGAGAAAGUAAACUACAUCAAGGAGAAGUUUAUGGAUGCAUACAAAUCUGAGGAAUCCAUAAUAAUACUGGACGAUAUUGAAGGUCUCAUUGACUUUGUAAACAUAGGACCCAGGUUUAGCAAUUCUGUACUGCAGGCAUUAAAGAUAUUUAUCAAGGAGGAGAGCAGAAAAAAGAUGUUUGUAUUUGGAACAACCAGCUCUGUUGAAGUUGCAAGAGAAUGCGGUAUCUAUGAGUGUUUCCAGUCUGCAUAUGAAGUUGAGAAGAUUGGAUUCCCAGAUUAUGAGAUUCUCUGUAAGCAGAACUCCAGCUUCUCGGAAAUACAGUAUGAGGAGCCCAUGUCCAUCAAACAGCUUCUCUCACUGCUUGAUGAGCCAGACAUCUCCCCUCAGUAA